CUUUAUUGUAAAACCUUUUUCUCACUGGUCCCUAGUACAGUACAGUGGUCAGCAGGGGUAAUAUCAGACCGGAGCUGAGACCUAAGGCUUUGGUGUUUUAUUGGGAACGCUUAACUUCAAGAACACAGGUCGCUGAGAGAACAUCCUUCGAUUCUAGACCCAGUAAAAUAGAGAGAGUGUGAUGUCUCAAGUUAUCCCAAAACAAGUGCUACAAGUUGGACAGACAAUAUGUCUCUCGUCAAAAGAAGACAUCAUCCCCCUGGGGCGCAGCUUGCACCAAGCCUGUCCAAAUUGUCCAUCUCCGACAUGCUGUUCCUACAACACGGACAGAUGGGUUAGCCAACCAAUGAAGAUCCUAUCCCAACACAGUGGACGUUCCACGCAAAACAGUGGACACCACCGGAUCUCUGAUAAGCACGGGGACUCUGACUUUCUCGCACACCACGUUCUCUCAGGCUCGUAUCUCAAUGCUAAAAGUCACGGAACUCAAGUCUUCAGUGCUUCAGGCCAGCAGCGGGCGGAGCAGGGUUCUGUGGUGAGGGAGAGGGAGAGGGAGAUGGAUAAGGGGAAUCCUUUAUCUCCAACACUGGAUGUGUCCAUCGACAACCUCAACCAGCUCAUUUUAGAACUGGAUCCAUCUUUUCAACCCAUCCCUGUACGCAGUGGCACAGCAAACCAUUCCAACAGCCGAGAAUCUUCAAGUAAGAGAUCUGAGCGACCGACACAAGGAUCUCACGAGGAUGUGGAUGUCUCCAAAGUUCUUCUGGUUUCCAGGGGCACCUCUCCUUUUCGCUCAUCGGAUCACUCCAUUACCAGCACUGUCUCUUCUAGAGUUCCAAUUCCAAGGUCUCCCAAGGACAGCAGCUGCUCCACCAGCGGGAGCCUCAUCUUCUCCAGCUCCCCAUCCCGACGCGGGGACUCUGGCGGCCCCGCUGCCCAGCAUACCUCCCACAGCUCCUGCUCCAGCUCCGGCCCGCCCCCCUCCCCUGGGUCAGACAGCUGGCCCAAGCCCUUGCACACCCACAGGCAAAGGAUGAGCGGAGCCUCGCUGCUGUCCACAUCACCAGGCUCUGACACGAGCUACAUUCUGGGAAGCGCCCAUUCUCUCCUGAGCGAAGAUGCCGACAGUCCUGUGAGAAAACUCUUUGGUUCCUCAGGGUCCUUCUCAAACCUCAGCAGCCCUUAUUCCUACUCCCCUGACCUCCAGAAAACCUACUUCAGUGACCAAAACCUUGAGGUCUUCAACAGCCAAUCUCAGCACCCAUCAUCCAUCCGUUCAUUCAAGGGACAGAAGUCUGUCUCCCCUCCCCACCUCAGAGGUCACCCCAGCAGCUGCCCUCCUUCUGUCAACAGCUCCAUGGUUGACAUCCCUGUGGUCCUCAUCAAUGGGAGCCCUGAGCAUAAGGACUCCCAGAACAGCCACAGCUCUGGGAGACUAGGACACAGACCGACCAUGAAGAAGUCCUGCAAAGCUUCCAGCACCUCUGUUGUCAAUGGUCAGUCUGCAGAUGUCCAGCCUCCAGGUCAGUCUCCAGAUGUCCAGCCCACCAUGAAGUUUGUCAUGGACACCUCAAAGUUCUGGUUCAAGCCCCACAUCAGCAGGGAUCAGGCUGAUGCUUAUCUGAAGGACCAGGAACCGGGUUCCUUCAUCGUGCGGGAUAGCACCUCUUAUCGAGGUGCUUUUGGGUUGGCCAUGAAGGUCGACGAAGACCAGACUGCCCAGUUACCUCCAAGCCGAUCAGAUGCCACGAGCUCAGAUCUCAUCAGGCACUACCUUAUUGAAUCCUCAGCAAAAGGAGUCCGUCUUAAAGGAGCUUUGGAAGAACCCUAUUUUUGCAGUCUUUCUGCUUGGGUUUACCAGCAUGCCAUUACUAAACUGGAUUUGCCCCGUAAACUGCUUAUGCCAACCACAGAUUUCGCGGAGGCAGAAGAACACAGGGAAGACACGUCUGCAACACAAGAAAAUAAAAAACCAGCCUGCAACCUUCUGUACCUGAAUUCAGUCAACACGGAGUCUCUGACUGGGCCUCUCGCUGUCCAGAAGGCCGUGUCCGCCACGUUCGAGACAGACCCCCUCCCCGUCCCCACCAUCGUCAGCUUCAAAGUGUCGCACAAGGGCAUCAUAGUCACGGACAUACAGAGAAAACUUUUUUUCAGACGACACUACCCUACAAACACCCUCAGUUACUGUGGCAUUGACCCAAAGGACAGAAAGUGGCAAAAACAUUGCAGAUCUGCCAGGAUUUUUGGAUUCGUUGCAAAAUGCCAAGACCUCAGCCAGGAGAAUGUGUGCCACCUGUUUGCAGAGUACGACAGCACAGUGCUGCCCAUCGAGCUGGUCAGGGGUCUGAUGAAGAAUGUGGACACUCAGUGACCACCUGCUGCAGCUCGAACAACCUGACCUGGCGACCCAUACACUGAGUACCAUCCAUCAUACAUUUGGACUAAUAUGAACCCAUAUCUCCAUAUACUCUGUUUUUACAUAUCAUAAGUGUACAUGUAUUAAUUUAUAUCAGUAUAAUAUUUUAUAUCAGUAUAAUAUUUUAUAUCAGUAUAAUAUUUUUGUUUUUUUUUGUUUGUUUGGUUUUUUUUUGUCAAAUGUUUGUUCUUUUUUCGUACGAAACGCGCUUCGUAUUAUCACUGCCAUCUAGGUUACCAAAGCGAUCUAUCCCAUGCGGCUCUGUACAGUAGUUAUUAUUAUCGUUUCAUUGCUGGUGAUUUUAUUUCAUGAGGUGGCUCGCCCUCUAGUGGUUGGGAAGAACUACUCCAUGGAACACCAGGCUAUCGUGUUUAAGAAAACUAGACAGCAUUCAAAAUUCUGCUUUAAAAAACACAAAAUGGUCACGCUUUGUUUCAAGGCUCACUUUUUUAUGUUUUAUUUAUAUUUCUUACCGUAUAUUCUUAUUAUGUAUCAUUAGUUUGAGUUUAUAAUAAUUAGAACAGGUUCUUUAUAUAGUCCAGUGAUUAUAGUAUUUCAAAUGCAAAAGACUAAUGCUAACUUUCCAUGUUUUAAAAUGAUCCAGAAAUCAGAAAUGAUAGUGCUAUGAUUCAUUUGUACUGCAAUAAAUCCAGUUUGAUAUAAGUAGCAAGGAAUUUGCAUGGUACUAGUAUUGCAAAACCUGGUUUACAGAUCACUGUUUGUCAUUGUAACCCCAUAAUCAAUGCAUAUAAUAAAAAGAAACCA